CGCAUGCUCGCUCGCUCGUUCGUUCGUGCAGUGGCAUCAAUCUGUUUGGCAAAUGUUAGCUCUAGAUCGAGAGUCGUACUAAUCCUAGCACUGGAUUAGUACAUGCAUGGUCAAUAGGUUCCUUUUGCCGUUCCGUUCAGUUCAGUGCAUUUAGGUCAGCCGCGAGGAGCCUUCCCGUGGCGUGCGUGCAUGCAAAACGCUCGCCCAGUCACACUUUCUCGAUCUCUCUUAUGCCACCGACCACACCAGCCCGGUGGCCCCUUCUCCCUCCUCUCGUUCAUCCCUUCAACAACACCACCCCGCGAAGCCGCAAGCGCCCCCUCCUUCCUCGUCCCUGUCCUCUCCUCUGAGUGCCCGUACGCGCGUGCAUGGAUCGGCCGCCGGAGCGCAAAGCGAAGCGCGCGAGGGACGAGGUGGAGGACGACGCGCCGGACUUUCCCUUCGAGGAGGCCGCCGCGGAGGCGGGGGCGGACGGCGUCGGCGAGGCGUCGCGGCGGCCGCCGGGGGUGUUCCAGUUCCCGUGGCAGAAGUGCCGCGGCGGGCUCGGCGUGGCGGGCGGCGCGGGCUGGGAGCUGCGGGACGUGUUCUUCCGCUCCCUCGUGGACGGCAGCGCCGCGGCCAUCGGCGUGCCGGGGGACCGCCUGGUCUCGCCGCCGCGCAGCAGGCGCGCGCUCCUCGAGGGCGUCGACGCGUGGCUCGCCGCGGCCGCCGACGGCGAGGUGGACCCCGUCUGGCGGUCGGCGCUCAAGGCCGGCGGCCCCGGGCCCGCCUCGUCAGCCGCCGCGUGACGAUGCAGAACGUGGCCAGCCCGCGGCCCUCGCGCGCGUCGAUGGUGCGCCCCCAUCUGCUCAUCAUCACCCGCGUGACGCUGACGUGGCGCGUGGCAGCGGCACGGGGACCCGGGAUAAUGAUGACUGGGAUGGAGUAGUGAAAAGACCAGAAAGGGUACAAAUCAUGGCCCUUGGGGAUGAUCCUUCUCUUGCAUUGUCUUUUUGUUCCAUGUAGUACUUGUUUCUGCUUCUUCAGUUGAGUUGUUUUUGUUUUGUACAGCUGAAUUUUACUUGCUGCGAUAUACAAUUCUCUGACAAUUAUAUUAUGCAAUGGCGAUAGCAUACGGUUUAGAG